CUGAGUGACGAAGGUUAAUAGGGUGCUCCAGAGAAAAACCAAUUCAUAAUUUUGAUUCACCACAAUCUGAAAAAGAUCAUGGUUGAAGUUAAUAAUGAUUAUAAUUAUGAGAUUGAUUCAAAAUGAAAUGCUUCCUUUUUGAAAGAGGAACGAUGGGGUAAUGUAACCGUUCGGUUUCAUGUGAUUGACUUGCGGCUCCACCGCAAGAUUUUCUUCCUUGCCCCACCCUAUCCAUCCAAACCGACAGCAUUCAAUGAGAGUGCAAUAGCUCACUUGUUUUGACAAGUAGAUAAUUCAUCCACCAUUUCCAUCCGUUCCACAUCAAUGCACGUUCAUGCAAACGGUGACACAAAUAGCGAAACAAAUGAAAAGGUCCAAAAAGAUUUGACAAACAGAGGUCACCACUAGUUUUGAUGUGAACAUACAUGCAAAGUCCGGAGAAACAUGAAAUGUCAAACUUCGUAUCUUGGACGAUGUUUGCGCUCCAUCUUAACACCAAAGUUUAAGAUAAAUACCUCAGCCCAAUGAAAUGAAAACUCUCUUUUCUGUUGUAACCUCCGAGGAAGUCGUAGUGCGCGUCGUGUAAUUAAUUGUUUAAGUUAUCCCAAUAUGAGGUGGUUUUUAAAGCUUUGUACCUUAUUCUAAGUGGAUGAUGUGUCCUUAAUACUAGUAGUGCGGUGAAAUAGUACGGCAGAAACUACAAAACUAUAUAGUACGGUCCACGAGUGGGCCUUUUUCGUUUACUUUCAAGCUACACUCACGACAGGCUCUUGGGGACAACCCGAGAAGCCCAACCAACACGCGCGCAGAGCUGAUGAGGUAUACGAUCAAUGCUGAUCUAGCUCGAGGACCCCAUUCCGAGCAUUACGGCCAUGCGGAACCUCCAACAGCCACCGACCGAGGCACAGCAACAGAAAACCCAUUGUCUGAAGACGUCUAUUGUCCAGACCCCUGCCAAAGCAAUACUCGCCAUUUUGAAUCGGCCAUUCCGCCGAGGCAUCAAGCGCUCCAACAUGGCAACGCGCCCCGUCACCGACCGUUCCCCAGCUUCAAGCAGUGGCCACUUGCUGUUCAACGGAAUCAUCGAGGAUCCGGAUCCCGAGCAUCACGAUGCUCCCCCCCCCCACGCAAGUAUUCGCCACCAGCAGCAACACCGAUUCGCAAAUCUUCAAAUUACAAAUAUAAACAAACUCGCACCGAACUUGAUUUCAACUAAUUAGAAUUAAUUUUAUAAUUUCCAC